AUGUCGACGGCAUCAUCCCUCAACAAGAUCGCGGCCAACAGCCCCUCGAGGCAGACCCCGUCCGAGAUCGAGCAGAGCAUUGCCAAUGCUCUCUACGACCUCGAGACCAACAUCCCAGACAUGCGCAGCGCUCUGAGGCCUCUCCAGUUCACCAGCGCCCGCGAGAUCGAGGUUGGUAAUGGCAGGAAGGCGAUUGUCAUCUUCGUCCCCGUCCCUUUCCUUCCCGGCUGGCACAAGUCGCAACAGCGUCUCACCCGUGAGCUCGAGAAGAAGUUCUCCGACCGCCACGUUCUCAUCGUCGCCUCUCGCCGCAUUCUCCCCCGUCCUAAGCGCUCCAACCGCUCCCGCAACACCCAGAAGCAGAAGCGCCCGCGUUCGCGCACCCUGACUGCUGUUCACGACGCUAUCCUACACGACCUUGUCUACCCGGUCGAGAUCGUUGGCAAGCGUCUGCGUACCCGUGAGGACGGCUCCAAGAUCCUGAAGAUUGUCCUCGACGAGAAGGAGCGUGGCGGUGUGGACUACAGAUUAGACACCUACUCUGAGGUCUACAAGCGAUUGACCGGCAAGGGCGUCAACUUUGAGUUUCCCCAAGCUGGAACCGAGUACUAG